CAAAAACAUCAUCUCUCGAAACAAUUCGCUCAACCAAUGCCCGAAGCUUCAGCAGUCUUCUCCCAAUGGACCAAAAGCCACCACCCCUCAAGCUUCCUCCACGCCUGAUUCCUCCUCUACCCAGUCUGGCCUGCGCCUCCGCGCGGUGGCAGGCGGUAGUCAAGCGUGAUCCCACCGCCAUCACUUUCGUCUACGCCGUCCUCACGACCAAGAUCUACUGCCGCGCCGCCUGUCCCGCCCGACUCGCGCGACGGGCCAACGUCCGCUUCUACGACCUGCCCUCCCAGGCAGAAAGGGCAGGGUUCCGGGCGUGUAAGCGCUGCAGACCUGAGACCCUGCAGACCGGCGGGAGCAGCAGCAGCGGCGGCGGCGGCGGUGACGGCAGCAGUAGUCCUCAGGUUCAGCUGGUGCACCGAGCAUGUCAGACGAUCGCGUCGACCGUCCAGUCGGGAUCGAAGCCCACGCUUCACCUCCUUGCGACCGAGGCGGGGCUCACAUCCAGUCACUUCCAUCGCGUGUUCAGGAAGGUCAUGGGCGUUACGCCGGGGAAGUAUGUUGCUGGGAUGAUGGAGAAGAUGAAGGAGGGGAAGAGCUACGGGGCGUCUCGGGCUGCUCCGGAAAUAGGGACGGUGCGCCAGCUUCAGCCCUGUGGUGGCUUGGAGGUUGCUGUUGCUGUUGAUGGGAUCAGUCGUAGCGCCGACGUUGGGGAGGAGGAAGAGCUGAUCCUGCCGUGGAAUGACUUUGAUGCAGCAUUGAUUGCCGCCGAGACUGGUUUCGUCUCCAUGCAGGAGGUGCAGCCCCUGGGUGAACUGCAUGCUUGGCAUGGGGUUAGCUUAUUAUUUGACGGUGAUGGUGAUGAUGAUGCUACUGCUGCUAAAUUUGAAUAAUCGAUCGGUCUUCUGGAGAUGGGUGUUAUAUGGUGUCACGGCAUGAUGGGAUCUUCGGUUUUGAUGGGUGGCGUCGGUUUUCCAUGUUCAUCUUUCGAACUUUGUCGUUGUUUCGGUUAUUGUUGUUGCUCUUUAUGCAGCUUAUGUGACCAUGGUUCCUAUAACCCACUGUGAUUAUAUGUACUUGAGGCAAGUCAGUGGUUGAUAGACGUCGUUGCGGAGUCGAUGAAUGCCUUGACUUUAUAUAUCUUCCCUGAUAUGGUGC